AGAAAAAGUGAAGCAACCGAAAAAAAAAAUUAAAAAAAAAAACCUCCAUAUUCCCCCUCUCUCUUCCUUUACAAGCCCACCUCCUCAAUUCACUGGUUCCAACUAUAACUUUCUCCUCCUCCUCCAUGGCACCAGCAUUUUCAGAGCUGUUACUCCUAUUCACAAUCUUCUGCACGAACGUUUUCAUGCCGACCAUCAUUGUUGAAGCUCAAGAAAACAUCAGCUGGUGCGUUGCCAGAAGUGAUGCAAGCAACCAGGUUUUGCAAACUGCUCUGGACUAUGCAUGUGGGGCUGGUGCCGACUGUACUCCCAUUCUGCCCAAUGGCCUCUGCUAUCUCCCAAACACCAUCCAGGCUCAUGCUUCUUACGCCUUCAAUAGUUACUUUCAGAGAAAGAGCAUGGCCCCUGGCUCCUGUGACUUCUCCGGAACUGCUACUGUCGCUAAGAGUGAUCCCAGUUACGGAUCUUGUGUUUAUCCAUCUUCAUUAAGUACUGCCGGAGGCAAUCCAUCACAAGGGUCGACCCCCACAACAACCACCACGAACAACCCAAACAUGCCAACAACACCGGCUGCGCCUCUAGAUAACAACGGUGGUAAUGGAGUUAAUUCGGGGUUUAGCCCUCCAAUACCUACCACAGACAACUCCAAAGCUUCUACAAAUUUCAUGGCCAUUACAAUUUUAAUGCCUAUCUCCCUGUGGAUUGUUCUUUCUUUGACACUGCCAAACCAGAUCUAGUUGCAUCACGCAGUGCGGAGAUCAAUCAAAGAGUCUUACACAGUUUUGUUGAAGAGUUGAAACCUUGUUUGUUUGUAGCAUCAAGGUUAGGCUUCUGUAAAAUCCAUUUGAUUUUAGUUUUGUGAUAUUAAUGUCUUAUGAUGUGAAAAGGCUUGUGGGGAAGUUUCAAAUUGGAUGGUUAAUUUGGUUUUGGUAGGAAACCAAACUGAGGGCUAAGCUUAACCUCAAUUAUGGGUUAACUCAUGUAGGUUUACCAGUUCAAUUUAAUAGUUCAAUCUACUUCCA